GUAAUUAAAAAAAAUGAAUAUAAAGAUAUAAAUGACAGAAGUCUUGCUUCACCUAACCUAAAAAUUUCAUAAAAUAAAUAAAAUCCAAGUGGAAAAUGAAUAUUCCUUAUGGAAAAGUCGCUAUUUAUUUGUUAACCUUUCUUGGAUAUGUUUAUUCUGGUUAUGGGUCUGGAGUUCUAGGAACUUUGAGAGAUGCGAUUUUAUCAGCUGAAACCGUUUUCGGAGAUGUAUUAAAAAAUAUUGUGAAAGUGGCUCAAAACUUUAAAAAUGUGCACGAUAUUUUUGAUGCAGCAGUCGAAGAAGAUUGUAUUUUUAAGUGUCCAACAGGAGCCGUUCCAAAACCAAAUCGAAAUCAUGUACCUAGUGCCAAUGGCUGCGGAGCAUUAGGUGUCAAGAUCAACAGCGAUUAUUUACCAUUCGGGGCCAUGGAAAAAUGCUGUAAUGCACACGACAUAUGCUACGACACGUGCAACAAAGAUAAGGAAGUCUGCGAUGUGGAUUUUAAACGAUGCCUCUACAAGCAUUGUGAUGCUUAUGCAGAAAAUGUUGGAGGCCAAACAAUGACAAAAGCAUGCAAAGGUGCUGCAAAAAUGUUGUUUACCGGUACGCUGACUUUAGGAUGUAAAGCUUAUAUUGACGCACAGAGUAAAGCUUGUUAUUGUCCCUCAAGUCCAGGCUGGAAGGAUAAAAAGAACAGCAAAUAUACACCUGGUGGAGAUAGAGGAGAACUUUAAAGAAUAAUUAUCGUGAUUUAUUUUUGUUUUGGUGUUGUGUUUUGUAGUUAGGUAUAGUAUUAGAAUCAUACAAUUUUUCCCAUCGAGAGUUUUUUUUUUUUCGAAAAAUUCGACAUAGUGAGAAUAAGUUAAUUUGUUAUCAACUAAAAGAUGGUGCGUUCAAGCUUACCAGGGCCAGUAACGGCUGCGUGUUAAAGGAAUUGCAGUCAAACUUGGAUUAAAAAUUCAUAUCCAUGCCUAUUGUAACCUCAUUUAUUCCAUUUUUUAUUUAUUUAUCAGUAAUAAUGCAUGUUAAUUUGUUUUUAUAAAUUAUUUUUAAAAUUCUUCAUUUAAUCACCAAACCUCAGAGAUCAGGGAUUUGCUCAAUAUAGUCUUCCAUUUUUGUUACUUUUUUAAGAUUUUUAAGAAAUUUUUGUGUUCAGUUAUAUAUUUUAUUGGUAAAAAAUACUAUAAUUUUUUUAUUUGCAUUUUAGUUUAGAUUUGUUUUAUUACCUGUUAAUCUUAUACCCAAUUUGUUUUAGUUUAUUUCAUGAUAAAUUUGCAAGGCAAUUAAGUAAAGACAUAAUAAAAAUUAGAUAUAAUGUAUAUGUUACUUGAUUACGUCUAAAUAACUAGUAGUAAUGUUUAAAAGCAAACAUAUUUAUUUUGUACCAUCAAGCAAUUCUUUAUUCUUUAAAUAGAAAAUACUUUAUAGGUUUUUGAUGUGUCAUUUUUCUCGAUUUGGGUGAAUAUGUAGUAUUUUUAGUUACCACUUGUGUGAUAUUUAUGUAUUUUUUGGUGGAUUUUGAUGAUAAUUGUGUUGUUAAUUAUAUGUAAAUAAAGUUAUUGAUUUCUUUA